AUGCCACGUCUGAAGACUGUGCAAUCUAAGGUGACAAAGUCGCCACGCCGUCCGUUCGAGAAGGAGCGCCUUGACCAGGAGCUCAAGCUCAUCGGAACUUUCGGACUCAAGAACAAGCGUGAGGUAUGGCGUGUCAAGUACACCCUCGCCAAGGUCCGUAAGGCUGCUCGUGAGCUUCUCACUCUUGAAGACAAGGACCCAAAGCGUCUUUUCGAAGGAAACGCACUUCUUCGUCGCCUCGUCAAGAUCGGUGUCCUCGAUGAGACCAAGAUGAAGCUCGAUUACGUUCUCGGACUUAAGGUUGAGGACUUCCUUGAGCGCAGACUCCAGACCCAGGUCUUCAAGCUCGGAUUGGCCAAGUCUAUUCACCACGCUCGUAUUUUGAUCAAGCAGCACCACAUCCGUGUACGCAGACAAGUUGUCGAUGUCCCAUCCUUCAUCGUCCGUUUGGACUCCCAGAAGCACAUCGACUUCUCUCUCCAAUCACCAUACGGAGGAGGUCGUCCAGGACGCGUCAAGCGACGCACCUUGAGAAAGGGAGAUGGAGCCGGAGGCGACGACGAGGAAUAA